AUGGGGAAUUGUCAAGCUGUUGAUGCUGCAGCACUUGUGAUACAGCAUCCAAAUGGCCAACUAGAGAGAAUGUACUGGCCGGUGCCGGCGAGCGAGGUGAUGAAAAUGAACCCGGGACAUUACGUUUCUCUCAUAAUACCUCUGCCGGUCGACGGAGAAGGGAAUUCUGAUGACAAGACGGUACGCUUCACGCGCGUUAAGCUUCUCCGGCCAACGGAUAUUUUAGUACUUGGCCGAGCUUAUCGACUCGUCACCACACAAGAGGUUAUGAAAGUGUUGAGAGCGAAGAAACGUGCGAAAAUGAAGAAAAUCCAGCCAGAAUCCGCAGAACAAACGCCGGUGGAUUCAGAAAUGCAGAGUCGUUGCUGCGAAUCAGAAACUAGAAAAUCUGCAGGGGAGAAGAAUGAUGCGCCCUUGAGACACACUAGUCAUCGGCAAAAGUCGGGAUCAACAUAUUUCACCGUUGCUCGGUCUAAAACAUGGCGGCCAUCUCUGCAAAGCAUUUCUGAAUCUGGAAGCUGA